AUGUCUGCCGACUCCCAGCGUACUCGGUCAAUGGCAUCUUCCGGUGAAAGCGGCGUGGUGCGCUGCAUGCCAACAAUUGUACCCCCACAAGCAGUCAGCGACCGAUCAAUCAUUGACAGCGUGGCCGGUUUCAUAAAUGACGUAACGUUGCAAGCUCAGGCACCGCUUGGCGACAGCAAAGAUCACAUUGUGUGGGUGCGCUUUGAAAAUGCGGCCGACAUUAGUGAUCCCUGCCUGGGUGAUGAUUGGGAGCUGGAGGGUGGGAUUGCACCUCCAUUGCUGUUGAUUUUAGGUUAUGUUAGCGGUGUACAGGUUUGGAUCGUACCGGCAAAUGGUGAAGCUAUUGAGGUACUCUCCUGGCGUCACGGCAGUGUGAAGUGUUUGCGUGUUCUACCAACGCCAAUAUCGGGGGAUCGUGAGUCAGCUACGGAAUCAGCUGACCAUUUUCAACACAAGCGUCCUUUAAUAGCACUUUGCGAUAGUGGGUUAGGCGGGGGCAGCGCCAAUGCGGCUGCCUCCAACGGCAGCUAUCAAUAUUGCGCAGUCAACUUCAUUUCCCUCAAAGAUGGAGAAACGGUGAAAAGCAUCAAGUUCAAAAGCAUGAUUGUAGACAUCCUUGCUAACCGUUCUUCGAUAGUAGUAACGUUCCCGGAGCGCAUAGCAGUAUUUGACGCUCGGACAUUAGAAGAUCGCCUCACUGUGACGACCUGCCACCCAAGUCCGGGCCUCAAUCCAAAUCCGGUAGCACUAGGAUUACGUUGGAUUGCAUACGCAGAGCGGCGCCUCAUCCCGUCAAAGCGGUCGAGCGGUGGUUGCGAAGGCGAUGGCGUAACGAGCUACACGGCUACGGUGCUAAAUGCAGCCAAAAGCUUUGGCAAAGGACUUCGCGAGCUCGGGGAACAGGUGGCUGCUGGUUUAACUGGUAGCCAUCUAGGGUCGAGUCUGGGUUCAAGCUUGGUCGGUGGUGGAGGUGGCUCCAGCUCCAGUGGUGUUGGCGGCGGCCUGAGUUCUGGAAGCAAUACUGGUUCGUCAAAUGAUAUUAAUGUCUUAAUGGCUGGAGGCAUUUUAGCUGGGGGAGGAACGGUUAGCGAAGCAAACCAACCAGGAAUUGUAACGGUAUUGGACAUCAAGUAUCCCGUAAAGGACGUGAGUCCCACGACAGGCACACCUGUUACGUCGAAUGGUGGUGACCCUAUAGUAGCCCACUUUCUCGCACAUUCAGAAGCUAUUGUCGCUUUGGCGUUCGACGCUCCCGGAAUGCUGCUUCUGACUGCAGACAAGCGUGGUCAUGACUUUCACGUAUUUCGGUUGCAGCCGCACCCAAGCGGUGCAUCCCUAGCGGCCGUACAUCAUUUGUACGUUUUGCACCGAGGAGACACGACGGCCAAAGUACAGGACGUGGCGUUUUCGCUUGAUUCGCGGUGGGUGGCGGUUUCGACGUUACGCGGUACAACUCAUGUGUUUCCCGUCACACCAUAUGGCGGUCCGGCUGGCGUUAGAACGCACGGCUCGCCCCAUGUUGUGAAUAGACUGUCCCGUUUUCAUCGAUCAGCUGGACUUUCCAUCGACGGACGGUCAAGUAGCCCUGUGUCGCACUCCGGUGAAAGUGGUACCGGUGCGAACCAUGUACCCACUGCCAUGGCUUAUGCAAAUCCUCGGACACCACCUUUUCCACAUCCAACCAUUCUCCAACCAUUAGCGCAGUUAAGGCAACCGUCUAAUUUGUUAGGAAGUGGGGGAGGGAGCAACGUUGGAGUCGGUGGUGGAAGUGGAUCAGCAUCAAGCAAAACGAUGAGCGGAACUCAUCACGGUCACCACAUAAGGCAAAGAAAUUCUUCCUCGUCUUCGUCGGACGAUCUUAUGAAACCGUUGCGUGUGUGCGCUAGCUUUGCCAAAGCUCGUUCGUGGUUGCUCGAUCCGCCAGGUUGUGUGGUACGCGAUACCCCCGCACAUCGCAUUCAGCGCAAACCAAUCGAUUCAUUGUUCAUCAUGGCUGCCCACGGCGCUCUGAUCCAGUACGAUCUUGAACCCAAACACGCCUCAGGAACACCAAAGGAAAAAAUAUGUGAUGAUACACCUAUCGAGUUAGAGGUAGAAGCAAAGGCACAAUGGUGUCUACAGCGACAAGAAAAUUCUUCUACUGGCGAUAUUCAACCACCACUUUCGUUGGACAACUGGCUGAUAAAGGAUAGAUUUAUAGAAGAAGGUGUCGUCGGUACAUCGGAUUCUGGAUCGAUUAAGGACUACGAUCGCCUGCUACAUUCACAUAAUCGUGGAAGUACGGGUAACAUCUCAGCUGAUCAUGAUGAUCGGUGGCUAUCACAAGUAGAGAUUAUAACUCAUGCCGGACCACAUCGUCGGUUGUGGAUGGGUCCGCAAUUUAUGUUUAAAACGUACAAUACACCGAGCGGCUCUCCAUUAUCGUCUAUAGACACAGAAGCAGUGGAAAUAUGUACUAGUAGUGGCAGCGGCAACGUGUUUAACCGAUCGCUUCAACGAUCCAAUCCGAUGAACAUGCCUUUAGUUGGAGGUAUGAUGAGGCCCUUGGUACCCGUACACAUUGAAUCAGGAUCAUGUAGUAGUUACGAACAGAGCCCGCGUAUGAUGAACAUGAAUGAGUUUCGCCAUCAUGAAAAUCUUGACAGUGAAUUUUCAUCUCUCGGUCCGGUGGAAUCACAAUUGCGCGAAGAUCUUGCAGAUGCAAUGCGCGAAUCACCGCAUAUUGCUACCGGAAAAGAUACUGCAGGAAAUCUCUCGGGAUCUGGCUUGGCAUGUGGUGUCAGCUGUCUAGGUAGCAACGUGGGACAACCUCAACAUCAGCACCAUUCUCCCUCAGUAACAAAUCAGCAAGCUUUGACAUCUACCACCGGUCUUUCGUCCGUUUCGUCCUGCUCGUCUACAUCGAUUUAUUCAUCUACACAUUCGCUGAGCUCAAUUUGUGAUCAGCAACAUCAACAAAUACUUCAACAGCAAUGUCACCAGCAACAGUACCAAUGUGGUGGAAGUGGUGGAUGUAAGGUAUCUGGGAGUAAUGAAGGCGAUGCUUCUGGAUGUUUCUUUGAAUGUAAGCAGCCUUCAAUAUUUGCUAGCAGCGGAGACAGUAGCAUCAAAGCUAGUGGAUUAGUUAAGAGAAAUGUUGGUAUAGUUCAAACAAAUGUGCAGCAUCAACACCAGAUGCACCAACAUAAUCAUUAUCCUGACCCUUGCAGACCAGAUUCGGGUGCUAGUGGGCGAAAUAUAGGAGGAGGUGGCAUCACAAUCGCAAAAGUCGUAAAUCCUCUAGGAACGGUUACUACGAUCAGCACUAUUGGUGGUGGUUCUGCUGGGCCAGAAAGCAUCGAAUCUGACGAUUUUAUGCAGGAAUGUGUUGAAUCGUAUCUGCACGAAAAUUGCGAUGAGGCGCUUUUUCGUCCAGUCGUAACUGUGCAUCACGAUAGCACAUCUGCUAAUAACCUACAUACACAAGAAUUAGACAUGGUUGAGAUGCGAUUCGGUCGUUACCGUGGCUCGUCAUUAGAUCGAACUGGAAGAAGUCGAGUUGAAGCUACUGAAAAAGGACGAUUGAUGGCCGUAGGCUGUGAUGAACGACCUCUCAGUCAACCAGCAUCUUUGAUUGCACGGGAUUUAAUUGUUCCGGUCAUCGAGGAAAAAAAUAUGCCGUACUUUACUAACAGUGCUGUAAUCAAACAACAUUCAAAGCAUCACACUGGCUCUGAAAUGACACAGGGGUCAGAUGGUAUUGAAACUAAUGUGCAGAUGGCAUCAACAAAUGAAAAAUUACUCACUCGACCUAAAAAAAUGUUGAGUAAAAAGGAAAUGAUGCAACAAACCAGUAACACUAGUAAACUUUCUAGAGAUGUUGAUAUUGAUCACAAGGACUCGGAAUUAGAAUCAGUUGCUAUGUUAAAGUUCAAGAUGAAUAACCCUUUAAAACCAUGUGAUGAAUUUGAAACAAUUGAAUUACCUGUGGCGGAUAACGAUCCAUUAGAAAGAGACACAAUAACAACAAAGAAGGAGAUGAAAAACUUUUUGAGAGGUAAAAACGAUGGCAGCAAAACCGAAGUAUAUACAAAAUGUCACUCGGGUACUAGUGUCGGUUCAAAGAAGAGCAAAGACAAAAAAGCACCUCAAUUGUUUGACUCUCCAAGUUCGGGAUCAGUAAAUACCGAACACAACGAUAAGAAGGAUUAUUGUAACACUCGAAGUAAUUCUGCACAAGAAAAAAAGAAUAUUAGCAUUGCUAACGUUGUUAUUGAAAGACGAGGUAACAAACGGACUCCAAACAGCCAAAAAGGCAAUUUGAAAGAUAAUAGAAAAGAAAAAGAGAUAUCGAUAGAAACAACUCGAUCUGUUUCACCGGUCGUAUUGAUGGAUAACGAGCAAUUACUUCCACCUUUAGAGGCCCUGAAAAUUGACGAUUUAGAGCUAUUCGGUGAUGACGUUGUGUAUGAACCACAUGUACAAGCAAACGAAUCAGUUAUCGGUAAAGAUGUUCUAAAGAUGUCGAACAACAAACAGUCCAACUAUAUAACUGGUCAUGAAAGAUCAUGCAUUGAAGCUAAAGACAUAAAAAUAAGAGAAGGUAUAAAUAGUGUUGAAGAAAAUGAGGGGAGUCUCGUGGCUGCAAAAUUAGUAAUGGAUACAUAUUAUGAUCCUUCUGCCACUGAUAACAAGUAUGAGGUGUUGGAUUUUGUUGAACCAUCUCACGCUUGUUCAGACUUUUCGGAGUUACGUACAGGUAAAAUAUCUGAAGAAUGUGUAGGUACCGAAAAUGGCGAGAAAACUCUGAUAAGUUUUGAAAGUCCAUUGAUAGAACAAGCAACAGUGAAUACAAAUCUUCUUAUAGAUGAAACAUUAUGUCAGAAACAACAAAAUCAGACAGUGGUUGAUAUGCAGAGCGUUUUUGCGAAUGGUAACAUAAUGUUGGCCAUGUGUUCUAGCUUGCGAGAAGCAUCCCCAUCCAUUGAGCCAGAAUCGACGGUCAUAACAAAUGAACAGGGUUAUUUUGGAGAAGGCACACAGUCCCGAGCUCAUACUUCAAGCCAAUGUGUGUUAAAACAACAUUCGAUAGAAGGUCAGGAUUCUGAUUAUAAGAGUUUGGAGCUAGAUAUAGAUAUCCAUUCGACUAGUGCUGUUGAGCAGGCGAACAUGAGCAACUCUUACAAUCCCACUUCUGACACGACGACUACUAUUGUUAGCCUACUCUCUUCAGCUUCUGAGGAUGAUGAAGAUGUAACGACUAACUCAACAAACAAUGACCAGGAAGAGGAAGCAGUUGGCCAUGAUACACUGCUAGAGGUAAAAGAUAUUGACACUGUAAAUAAGACAUCAGAACCAACUGGUAAACGACGACGACGCAAACGCACAAUUACCUAUCAAAAUAAUACUACUAGUACGACUAUAAACAUGGCAACCAUUGAUGCGAAGGAUGACGAUGGUGACGAAGAAGAGGAAAACGGUGACGAAGAUGAUGAAGAAUUGCAGCCUCUGAUAUCAAGUAACAAAACUUCGUCCUCUUCUCUUUCGGCACCGGCAACUACGAAAAGGGAUUCCUUUACAUACGGAGAAGGGCCAGGAAUUGGAAAUGAAACAGCCGUAUUACUUACACCACUGCCAACAGAAAAUGAAAGAUAUGUAACAAGUGAGGUACUGAAGCAACCAACUAUAAAUGCAACAGAAAUAACUGAAACUGUGAAUCCAAAGGACACCGUUAUUCAAGAACCCUCUGUCGCUACAGUGAAGUGUUCAACGACAAACAAUAAUGCAAAUAGCCUCAGUACUAGCAUAUUAGCUACUUCCAUUACGAGCAAGGCAACAAGUGCAAUUGCGGCGGGUGGCGGAAACGGUGGAAAUGGGAAGAAAAAAUCAAAAAAGAAGCGAAAAUAA